AUGGCUCACGACUCCAGAGUGCUCUUCAUUGGAGGCAAUAUCGGAACUGGAUGUGUUUUUGCGGACAAGCUGCUCCAGGAGCCUUCAAAGUCAAUGUGUGUAGAGCCGAUGCCUAAUUUAGCGACGACCCUGCGUCAGAACCAGAAAAAACAAAAUGCUUCUUUCGUGGUGCUUGACAAACUGCUAUCGCGACCUGCGCAAGGCAACGUGUCCCUUGUGUUCAAAGGCUUUGCGUCGCAUGCUGCCCUUCCGGGCGAAAAUGUAGAUUACAUAGUGGAGAGUGUGGACCUGGAUCUCAGCAGGUUCAACGUCUUGGCAGCUGAUUGCGAAGGAUGCUUCUGUGAGAUUUUCAGAUCUUUCAAGGAAGUUGCAGACAUGGAGCUUAUCUUGUUAGAGGAGGAUACCAACCAAGGCUAUGUAUGUGAAGGAGUUGACGGUCCAGGUGACAUAUAUGUGUUUCUUCGGAAAGCUGGUUUCACGAAAGUGAACGGCGCUGUGCCAGGCUCAGGACAUCCGCGUCAUUCGGUCUGGUCCAAGAACCCGUCUUCAAUGAUGUUGCUCCAGUUCCUUGCGUACCACUUUACAGUCGCCUGUUUUGUGAAUGGUGGUGCAUGGCUGUCACUGGUUUUGCCUGAGGAGUCAGCCUCUAGUAUUAACGUCACUCUGUCUAUCAUCUUUCCCGCGACUUGUGUGAUAGUCUAUCUCGCCAUACUGGGGACCUGCAGGCUUGCAUCUCUUGCGCAUAAAUUGGCACACUCCAAAUGA